AAACAAACCACUAACCACUACCCAAUCAAAACCGUGGUGGUUUUAGUACAAGAAAACCGCUCAUUCGAUCACAUGCUAGGCUGGAUGAAAUCCCUCAACCCGGAAAUCAACGGCGUAACCGGAUCCGAAUCAAACCCUCUCUCCACAUCCAACCCAAACUCAAACCGGAUCCACUUCGGCGACCGGUCAGGCCACGUCGAACCGGACCCGGGUCACUCCUUCGCCGCCAUAUUCGAACAAGUCUACGGCCAACCAUGGACCGCCACCUCAUCAUCAUCAUGGGCACAGAAUCUUGAACCGGCAAUGGAAGGGUUUGCAGAGCAAGCCGAGAGUGUGGAAAAAGGUAUGUCUGAGGUGGUGAUGAACGGGUUCAGACCGGAGUUAGUGCCGGUUUAUAAGGAGUUGGUGAUGGAGUUUGCGGUCUGUGAUCGGUGGUUCGCGUCGAUACCGACUUUGACGCAGCCGAACCGGCUGUAUGUGCACUCAGCGACGUCGUAUGGUGCGACUGAGAAUGAUAAUAAAAUGAUGGUGGAAGGGUAUCCGCAGAAGACUAUAUUUGAGUCAAUGGAGGAAGGUGGGUUUUCUUUUGGGAUUUAUUAUCAGUACCCUCCUUCCACACUUUUCUACAGGAGCCUUAGAAAACUGAAAUACAUAGACAAUUUUCACCAGUUUGAUUUAGAUUUCAAGCGACACUGCAAGGAAGGGAAACUACCAAACUACGUUGUCGUCGAACAAAGGUAUUUCGAGACAAAACUUGUUCCUGGGAAUGAUGAUCAUCCGCCACACAAUAUCUCUGAAGGCCAAAAAUUUGUGAAGGAAGUCUAUGAAGCAUUGAGGUCGAGUCCUCAGUGGAAUGAAAUCUUGUUCGUAAUCAUAUAUGACGAGCAUGGUGGUUUUUAUGAUCAUGUCCCAACGCCUAUCACCGGGGUCCCUAGCCCUGAUGACAUCGUGGGUCCUGCGCCGUAUAAUUUCCAGUUUGACCGGCUUGGUGUUAGGGUUCCAGCUAUCUUGAUUUCUCCAUGGAUUGAACGUGGAACUGUGUUGCAUGGGUCAUCAGGGCCAUAUCCUACAUCAGAAUUUGAACAUUCCUCAAUACCAGCGACUGUUAAAAAGAUCUUUAAUCUAAAAGAGUUUUUGACAAAGAGAGAUGCUUGGGCUGGCACUUUUGAAUGUGUUCUCACUAGAAGCACCCCAAGAACUGAUUGCCCAGUGACUUUGCCGGAGCCAGUGAAGCUGCGAGAGGGAGGACCAAGAGAAGAGACGCAGCUGAGUGAAUUUCAACAAGAGCUGGUACAAUUGGCAGCAACACUGAAUGGUGAUCAUAAAAAGGACAUUUUUCCAAACAAGUUAGUAGAAAACAUGACAGCUAUAGAGGCUGUGAACUAUGUUGAAGGUGCAUUCAAGAUGUUCUUGGAUGAAUGUGAGCAUUCCAAGAACAGGGGUGCUGAUGAAUCUCAUAUUCCUCUCUUACCUAACUCACAUCCAAGGACAACUUCCAAAUCCUUUCUUCAAAAAAUAUUUUCUUGUUUAGUCUGUGAUCAUUGA